AAAUUUGAAUUUAUUUUUUAUUCCACUUCCUCUAUGUUUUUGAUAUCAUUUUCUUUCAGUUUGGUCGCUGUUCUUGCCGGAAAGUUCCCACUGUUCCAUUCUCGGUCAUGAAACUUGUAGUUUGAAUUGUUCCAUCUCUGUUUUUGACUGCUCAUUUCUCGCAGCGAAGAUGCUAUUCACGUCUGUUCUCCCCUUCCUCACUGUCUCAGGAAAAUUGUUUUUUUAAUGCGUUGACUGUACGAUCCAUCUACUCAUCCCCCUACUUAUCAGUAAACCCAUCUACCAUUUCCUUUUCCUUCACCCUUUGGCUAUGGAGUUCAGAUGGUAUACUGUCUCGUCACUGGCUGCACUUGAAAACGAAGAAGCUUGUUCUUCUUCUUUCAGCAUCUAAAGAAUUAAUUCCUUGGUCACGAAGAUCUGAGAAAUCUGCUAGAUUGGAAAUUUAUUACAUAAGAGCGUGGAUGAUUUGUUGAGAACUAACGAGUCGCCAGAUUUGAUACGUGAGAUAUAUGAUCUCCCUGCAGAGAAACUCGAUAGCCGAGAGGAUCUGAUGAAGAAUUUUCAUGAAAUAGGAUAGCAUGACUUCCCAGUGUCUGCUUCUCUAGAACCGACAACAGGAGGUGAACUGAGAUCUCACAUCAGAGAGAUUUGAGACCCAGGAUUCUAAGCCUCUUACUAACGAGCAUGAGAAGGUACCAAGACGAAACUGCAAUCAGUUUAAUAGAAGAUGUCAAGCCUGAAGAGAGGGAAUAUGAUGUAGAGGAAGUGUUGAAAAAGCAACACACAUGAUUUAUACUGCUUAAACUGCCAUUCUUGCAUAACCAGAAGGUAUAACCUUCAGAGGAAAAGGAAAGUCCCAAGGUUCCGUCCUACUGUGCCCAUAGAUGAACAUGUUCCAGCAAAAAUGUAUGAUUGGACAGAUACUGCUGAAGAUUGCAGAAACGAUGAUGCAGAGAUCUUCAGAUGCUUGUCGUGUUUCAGCUUCUUCAUUCCCAUAGGAGACGGACUUUUCCGGAUUUUUCAGAAGAGAAGUGAAGCUGGAAACGUACAGGAGGCACAGGAGGUACCUGUUCCCGUGGCCACGGAAAAUUCAUUCCUCUCUUUCUUCCAGUGGAAGAAGAAACCAGCCGUUCUGGAAGGUUCUGAUGCCCCUGAUACAACACCAGAGAAUAAGACACAGCAGCUAUUCGAUUCAGGCAUGCCGAAUGAUUCUGUGCCCAAUCAAAACGGCUCUGUCCCAUCAGCUGAAGACACUGCAGUACCCAACCCGUUGCCUAGUGUAGACAAUGUAAUUUCAGAACCCAAGAAAGUUGAAGAAGGCAGAGCAGAUUCGUUCUCACAGGAUACCGGUAAUAGUCCCAAUUCCCAAGGGGCCUCUAAGCAUUAUGACCGAUCAGAUCAACUCUGUGGGAUGCAGACUGAAGCCAUCAUGGAAGAAGAACAGUACCAUCAGCAACUCGGAAGGAGAGAAAUUCUCUCCUCAUGCAACAGUAGCUGUAAUAUCAUUCCUUGUAUUUGGUUGGGUGGCUCCCGUCACUUAUGAAUUUUCAUUCUACAAGAGCGACAACAGAGACUACAAGCUAGUGGCCACCGGCUGUUGCUUCUCUUCUCUGCAUUUUCUUACUCGCCCUCGGGAAAGCCCGUGUGAGGAAGCCCCCAUCUUACAUGAAGACGACACUAUACUGUUUAAUGCUGGAAGUUGCUGCUUCUGGAAUUUCCUUCUUAGUCAGUGAACUGGUCGAUAAGCUUAUGCAGUAGUUUCAACUGUUUGAGUCAAAUUCAAGCUCAACCUCGGUCUAAGAAGUUCUAAGGGAGCUGUCACCAUCUGGAUCAAAUGGACUUCCUACUGAACACGGAUCAUUUCUCUUGGGAGAAGGGGCUGAAAACAAUUCUGUUUUGAGAGGUAAUUGUACUCAUUCUCUUCCGGAAUUUCUUCUUUAGGAUUAAUGGAAUCUGCACGAACAUCUUCCUGUACCCACUGGGGUCUCUUAGCUGUAGUUUGUACCUUCUAAUUUAUGAUGAAAUAAGAUUUGCUCGAGACGGAAGUGUUUUGCAGUCA